AUGGGUAAGAAGACCAAGCAGGGAAAGUCUAGGAAAGACAAGUUCUAUUUCUUGGCAAAGGAAUCUGGCUUUAGGGCUAGGUCCGCUUUUAAAUUGAUUCAAUUGAAUCGCCGGUUUAACUUUCUCGGUUCUUCAAAAGUAUUGAUUGAUCUAUGCGCAGCUCCAGGAGGAUGGAUGCAAGUGGCCGCGAAAGAGAUGCCUGUAAAUAGCAUAAUUGUUGGUGUUGAUUUGGUUCCAAUCGCGCCGAUUCCCAACUGCAAAUCUAUCGUCGCUGAUAUCACUACUGAUAAAUGCCGGCAAUUGCUUCGAGCUGCAGUCCUUAACAAUAAAGCCGACGUUGUGUUGCACGACGGUGCUCCCAAUGUUGGUACUGCCUGGACCAUUGAUGAAUACAGCCAAGCUGCUCUUUGUUUAAAAGCAUUCUCAUUAGCUACCGAAUUUCUUCGUAAAGGAGGUUGGUUCAUUACCAAGGUCUUCAGAAGUCGUGAUUACGAACCUCUAAAAUGGGCUGUGUCUCAAUUUUUUCGCAAAGUGGGUGUUCUAAAACCAGAGGCAUCUCGAGCCGAAUCUGCUGAGAUAUUCUUGGUGUGUCAAAACUAUCUGGAUCCUUCCUCAAUUGAUCCCAAAUUCCUUGAUCCAAAGCAUGUCUUCGGUGAAAUAGAAAUCCCAAAGUCUCGUGAGACUGUUGUAUCUUCUUUACUAAAAAUAUCUAAGCAGAAAAAGAAAGCGGAAGGAUACGAAGAUGACAAACUUUAUAAGGAGACGCUUCUGUCGGAAUUCCUUGAUUCUGAUGAUCCACUGCGUCUUUUGGCCAAGACCAACAAGAUAAUUGUCGAUCGCGAAGAGCUGUUGGAUAAUCCAUUGACACCGAAAUUUCUCAGGAGCUCUUUUGAAGACAUUCAGGUUUUGGGCAAGCCUGACAUUCGGGCGAUACUCAAUUGGCGACGAAAAGUUCUGGCGGCUCUCCAAAAGGAGAAAGAAUCCGCCAUGCAACCGAAAGCAGAGGAACUCGUUCAAGAAGAGCACGGUAGUGAAGAUGAAGAUGCAGCUGUUCAAAAAGAGGUCUCACGUCUCCUCGAAGAAGAGCAAAAGUCAUCCAAAAAACGCCUUAAAGCAGUCCGAAAAGCCAAAAGGAAGUUGGCCGAACGCAUUGUCCUCAAACUGGAGCAUCCAGGAGAUGUUAUUGAGCAAAACAACGCCGGCGAGUUGUUCUCUCUGGCUUCAAUUGGAGGUCGGGAUUUAGAUAGUAUUCAGGAGGCGGAGAAGGAUUUGAUAGAGCAGACUGGUCACACUGCUGCAGAUUUGAUGAUUCUCAAUGAAGAACAAGCCAAGAGACGCGAGAUUUUGAACAAACGCAAAGAGGAUUUCCGUAGAGCUGUAGAGGGUGGAGAUUACGUGAAAUUUGAUCGCGAUGGUGAUUACGAAAUCAAUUUGGGAGAUAUGAACGACGCAAGACCCACCGCUUUGAAGGAUCGUGAUGACAUCUACCUGAGUUCAAGUGAGGAUGAGUUGGCAGAACCAAAGGAAGAGAAGAGACUCGGGGGAGGGGAGGUUGAAGUCGAUGACGACUUGGUCUACGGUAGUGACGCUGAUGGUAGCGACAGUGAUGUGCGUGAAUUACUUAAUACUGACUCAGAAGAUAAUGAUGGUGUGGAUGAGUAUGCAAAAGCACUGGCUAGGGAGGCCGAAUUUGCAAAUAAGAAGAAACUAAAGAAGAAAGGUACUCUAUUGACUGAUCUCGAUCCUGCAGACGAAGAGACUAAGAAGAAACAAAAGAUUGACUCUUGGUGCAACUCUGCUGAAUUGAAGAACUUGUUGAACAUAGCCAGCUCCGACAGCGAAAAUGAGGAAGAAGGAGAAAGUAAAGACAUCACGGAGCCUCCAGCGAAAAAACUCAAAACAGAAAAGGCGAAGCCUGCUUCGAACACGAAGAGGGUCCUAUUUGCCGAUGGAAUCACACCAGGAUCUGAAGAAGCUGCUAAAGCAGGGUCUAAAAAUGAUAGCGACGAGUCUGACGUUGAGGAGGAAACCGGAGGUGAAGACCUUGGCAAGGCUGAUGAUGCUGAUUCUGUCUCAUCUGAUGAAGAUACAAAAAUUUCCAAGAAGGAGAAGAAGAAGCUUAAACGCCUACGUCGCCCACUCACGGAUGAGGAAAAAGCCCUUGCACAGAAACUCAUCCAAUCUGCCAAGAGUCGCCGUGACCUACUCGAUUGGAAUUUCCACCGUUUUCGAUUCUUCGAGGACGAAUCCACCCUCCCUGAUUGGUUCGUCAAGGAUGAAAAGGUUCAUAUGCGCAAGCAACCACCAGUGGAAGAU